AUGAUGGUUAAACUCGUCUCUUUCAUUUCAGCAGGCUGCCUACUUUUCAGUGGCCUUGUCUCUGCUGCACUAUCAGUAGAUCAAGAUCGUCGCAUUGUGGCAUUGGGUGAUUUACACGGUGAUCUAGCAAAUACACUGGAAAUCCUCAAGUUUUCAAACAUCAUUGAUCAAGACAACCACUGGAUUGGUGGUGAUACCAUCUUUGUUCAAACCGGCGAUGUUCUGGAUAGAGGAUUAGACACCAUCAAGCUGUAUGAUCUUUUGCAGAAUUUGCGUGAUGAAGCACCAUUGCAAGGUGGACUUGUCAUUCCUCUCUUGGGCAACCACGAGCUAAUGAACUUGGUGGGCGAUUGGCGAUACGUGUAUCCAGGAGAACCAGAGACAUUUGGUGGAUUGGAAGCUCGCAAAAAGGCCUUUGAAAAGGAUGGGUUUAUUGGAGAAUACCUCAAAUUGCUCAACAUCACCACCAAAGUAGGCAGCACUGUAUUUUGUCACGGCGGCAUUACACCACACUUUAGUCGAUUGGGCAUCAACUGGAUCAACGACAAGACACACGAAACCAUAGUGACCUACAUGGAAUCCCAGGGUCGUCGUGGUAAAUCGCAUGGUAUUUUUGGUGGUGUGGGGCCUACUUGGUACAGAGGAUAUGCACUAGAGGAGGAGGAGGAAAUUUGCAGUGUGUUGGAUGAAGCAUUAGAGCUCUUGGAAGCCAAUCGCAUGGUGGUUGGGCAUACUGUGCAGCAUGAUGGAGCUAUUCGCACGCGUUGUAACGGCAAGGUCAUUUUGAUUGACAUUGGCAUCUCAAGAGCAUACAACAGCGGCAAAGGGGCAUUGGAAAUCCGUGGAAAUGAGGUCAAUGCCCUGUACGCAGACAAACGGGUGAAGUUGGAGUCUCCUCCUCCGUACGCGGGUAGAGCGCCAUCGGAAUCAGCAAAAGCAAACAAGCAUGACCAUGAAGAACUAUAG